UACGUGCGUUCUGUACACAAACGGCCCCGGUUGCUUUCGAGCCCUUUCCGGCAACUCUGGGGACCGGACCGUGCCGGGGACCGAGGUCACUGCACCCCGGCUUCCGUUUCGGUAAACCUCGGGGAGCCGGUCGCUAGAGGCACGUCCGGCUGGGUGGGCAAGCUCGAACUUUGGCUUGGGCCCGCUGCACGGUGUCGGAGUGUCUGUCCACUGCUUCAGGACGCCGGCUUGUCUCCGCGCCUGUGUGGUCGAGCCACCGGGGAUCCGGAGGGACAGCAUGUCCGGAAGCCCAGAGAAGAGCCUUACUGCCCAAGAGCUGAAGGAGCAAGGGAAUCGCCUCUUCCUCGGUAGGAAGUAUCAAGAAGCCGCGGCCUCCUACAGCAAGGCCAUAAACCGUAACCCAUCUGUGGCAGUAUACUACACAAACCGUGCUCUGUGCUACGUGAAGAUGCAACAGUUCGAUAAGGCGGUAGCAGACUGUAAACAUGCCCUGGAGUUAGAUAGCCAGUCUGUUAAGGCUCACUUCUUCCUAGGACAGUGCCUGCUGGAAAUGGAGAAUUAUGAUGAAGCUAUCGGCAACCUGAAUAGAGCUUACAAUUUAGCAAAAGAACAACGGUUGAAUUUUGGGGAUGACAUUCCAAGUGCCCUGAGGAUAGCCAAAAAGAAGCGAUGGAACAGCAUUGAAGACAAAAGAAUACAGCAGGAGAAUGAUCUUCAUGACUAUCUCACCAAACUGAUCCUCUCAGAAAAGGAAAGGGAAGUGGAACAGUGUAAACGAAAACUCCAUGAAGAGAGCAUGGAUGAUUCCCGAACUCGAAUGGAAAUUGCAAAGAUAGAAGCCAGACAUGACAAAUACAUGAAUGAAAUGGAUAACUUGUUCUCACAAGUGGAUGAGAAGAGAAAGAAGCGAGAUAUUCCUGACUAUCUCUGUGGAAAGAUCAGCUUUGAGUUAAUGAGGGAGCCAUGCAUUACACCCAGUGGGAUCACAUAUGACAGGAAAGAUAUAGAGGAGCAUCUUCAGCGGGUGGGUCACUUUGAUCCAGUGACUCGAAGUCCAUUGACUCAAGAACAGUUGAUUCCAAAUCUGGCCAUGAAGGAGGUAAUUGAUGCAUUUAUAUCAGAAAAUGGCUGGGUAGAAGAUUACUAAACUGGAUUUAAGGCCAUCAGGACUUGCAUAUUUGCACUGCAGCAUCAAUUCAAUGAUUGGACUAACAAACUGAGUGAGAGUGAGCAAGCCACAGAAACUGACCGAACGAUGUGGAGUGAGGGGAUGUGCAGGUAUCGCCUGCAGCUCUGUACCUGAGGGACUCGCAUCUUUUUGCUUAUGUUUAAAUUUCUCUUACAUGCAUGUAUAUAAAUCAUAUUUGCCAGAGGAAUUCUGAACCUAGAGCAGUUAUUAAAAUGUUACUGGCUCUUUAAAAUGUUGUUGGUGUAGUGGGGUAAUCUGAUUUACAGCUUUGAUUUUAAAUUUAAAGAACAAUUGAAUUGGAUUAUAUUUCAUGCAAUAUUUGAGUGCUUUGUUUUUUAUUGUAAAUGUUGGUAUAUGAUCUGAUUGAAAAAUGAAAACUUACUGACAUCAAAAGAUCUAGAGCCAUUUUGUGAUUGAAUAGGCAACUAAUGCAUAGUUUAUAUUUCACUCAAAUGCCUUCUCUGCUUUAGAUUGUCUUGCUGCCAAAAUGUGUUGUCUGUUAACAGGCACCAACUAAAAUCCAAACUGCUGAUUUCUCUACUGUCACUCAAGGUACUCCUCUUAUCAGCUAUAUAGCAAGAGAACAACACAAGAUCAGGGCAUGAAAUUUAUGACUGUUUCAAUACUGAUCUGAGGUUUACUGCAAACAUUUAGUAUGUAUCUGCAAGUAGGGCCUAUCGGACUUGUGUGGGCUAAAGACAUUUAUGGAGAUACUCUUCGUGGUUACACACCCUAAGCAGACACCUGCAAAGUAGGCGAAAGUUUUUUUUUUCUCAUUUGUGCCAGUAUUUGGUCAGGUAAUGGAUUUCUCAAACCACAACCUUAAAGCCUGUGAAUUUGGGAUAGUGCACUAGUUUAAAUCUCUAGAAUAGCAACCUUGUUUAAAAUAUGAGACUCUACCUGACAACUAUAAAUGAAUCAUUUUAAAAUAAUAACUAAUGUGUCUAAAAUAACAUGCCAGUAUAAACCAUUCAGGUUAGAAGGUACAAACUAAUCUCUUGUAGCAAAUGUGAAUAGUGUGCCUCCUUGUGAAAUAAAUACUGCAUCAGAAUUGUUGGACAACAAAGUUGUGUUGUCCAGUUUGCUCGUCUCCUUGCAUCCCCUUUCCCUCUUCCCACUGCCCCUCUCCAAGUGACAGCUGGUGUUGUACGAUAACUUGGUCAAAUUUACAUAUCUGAACUUGAUUUCCCUGUAGUGUUUCUUGUUCUUCUAAAAAUAUCUGAAUGUGUGCUAUCAGUUUGGGAGAUACCUUGACUUAGUUGGCUUUAUCGGUAUUUCUGUAAAUGAGGAAAAAUAAGAAAUCUUUAUUGAUGAGAAAUCUUUUUUGAUAGCUUUCAGGAAAUCAGAAUAAGUCCAGAACAUCUAACGAAAUAUUCACAUUUCCAAGGUGUUUAAGAGGCUAUUCGUUAUGUUAAAUAAAGUUUAUAAAUAAUUGGAAUUUUGAUUAACAUGUAUAUUAUUCAGCUCAAUAACUGUCGAUAUAUCUAUCCAUUCCUCUCCUGUACAGCUCCUUAAUGUGGUCUUGUAAGCAAUGUUGACAAGGUUAAGCAACGUGUCUAUGCAUGAUGGUGCUGGUAGUAUCAGGUGACAGUGAUUAUGUGAUAGGAUGGAGAUGUGUGUCAAACAAGAUUCCACAUUAGGAAUGUAAUGGUAAUAAUUUUCUUUUUCGUGCGCCAGAACUUGGUCACUGAUCCAUGACCAGUAUCUGACUAUGUGGUAUCCUUGAAUAUGAAUCGGAACUCAAAUGCAGGAUAUUAUUCUUGUGUACCUACUAGCUUCAUAUACGGUUAUUCUGUCAAUGUACUGCUACAUUAUUUAGUUUUAUUUCUUCGUUAUGUACAGUGUAUUAAAUAUCAUCUUUUAUCCAUGA